AUAAAAAAAAGAAAGAAGAAAAAAAAUCUCACUUUCUUUAUCUUCUCUUUCGAAAAUCUUUUUUUUCUAUUCUAUUUAACAAGAAACAGUUUCUCUCUCCUUCUCUUUGUGUAACAACAAAUUAUUCACUUUUUGACAAUCAUGGUUUGUUUUUCUUUCUCUAGUUAACAUUUUUCUCUCUUCUUUUCCUAUCUGUUGAUUGUGACCAUUUAUUAGGAUUACUAAUUAUGUCCAUCAAUCAGUUGUCAUCAUCUUAAUCAUCAGUGAUUAUGUUUUAUUGAUUAUCAUCAUUUAAUCAACACUAACCAGUGAACAUUUUAUAUUCUCAUUUGCCUGAUCAAUUUCUUUCCUUUGUUUUCAUGCUGAACUUUUCUUCAUCUCUUUUCUUCUUUGUGUAUCUACCUCAUUGGCUUUAAUCACCUUCAUCUUCAUCACCACCAGAAAAUUUACCAAGUGAAUGUUAUUUUAUUUCCGUUGGAGAAAAAAAGACAAACAAUCAAAAAAAAACCUUAAAAUCGAUUUAAAAAAAUCAUCAAUCCAUUCGUGAGCUUUUUUGUUCUCUCUCGAUUAAAUCAUGGUCAACAUACCCCCAGUUCUAGAAGUAACCGAUAAUCUGACCAUCACAAGUAAUCAAGAAUCAUCAUCAACUGUUGCUGUCGAUGGUAAGAACAAAGCAACAAUCAAAUCAGAUGAAAAUAGUUUAGAUUGUGACUCUGGUGUUGUCAUUAACAAUAUUAUCAUUGGUGAUGGUCAACAAAUAUCUUCAUUUCCUAUUACCAGCCCACCUCAUCUCAAUCUACCUGCUACCUCUUUCUGGACACCAGGUUUAUCUCCCGUUGAUGAUGAUAUAGUUAAUUAUGGUUCUUGUGAUAUGAAUAAUUCAGUCAACAGAGAUGAAGUUGAUCAAAUUAAGCAAACAUUUCUUAAUGGAGGUUCCAAUAAACUCAACAAAGAUAUUGAAUCUUUAUGUACUGGUCAAAGUAAUUACUAUCCUGUUGAUAGAAAUAAUUCCAAAAUUAGAUGGUGGAAACACCCUAAAUUCAAGGAAAAUUGGAAAAUAUUUUUCGCUGCCUUUGGUCUUCUUGUUGUUGGUAUUGGACUUAUUACCAUGGGGAUUGUGGUCAGUGUGCUACCUGAUGUCGAUUUUCAAAGUUACGUUUUCUUCAUCGCUGGGACCAUUUGCUUCAUUCCUGGAGCUUACCACGUUGUCUAUUUGUAUUUUGCAUUAAGUGGACGAAAAGGAUACGAUUUCCACCAAUUGCCUUUAUUUAAUUGAUAACAAUUAAGAUGAUACACCUUGAAGAUAUAUACAACCUCAUGUGCCAUUAAUUGGAUAAAUCAACUCUUUCUUCCCAAAGAUACACCUAAAGAAAGAGACAAUUACUUGAUUACUUAUACAUAUAUUUUUAAUUAGUUAAUCAUCUUAAUUGUUGACAUCUUAAGCACGACGAAAACCUUUAACAUCGCAAAACUAAUUAGACCAAUGUUGAAGAAUCGAAAACUUUUUAUUCACCUCAAUCACAAUCAAAUCAACUUUCAUCAUUCUCACUUUCUUUUAUUCAAACCUUUCUCCAUCUCUUUCCAAGCAAAUAAGAUUAAUUGUUGAUAGUUGAUAGCAGAAAAAUUGAUCUUGUAGUUGAAAACAAUUUAUUUUAAUUGCUUAUGCUCAUGUUUAUUUAAUAAUUGGUUGUAAACUCUUUUACCUUUCAUCUUUUUUAUACUGAACAAAAUAUCAACUUAUCAACUUUGUUUCAUUUUAACAUUUUCCCCACCAUCAUGAUGAAGAUUACACACAAUCAACCCUUGAUUUUACAAUCAUCUUAAUCACCAAAUCAAAUAACCAACAUUGUGAUCACACCGACAUCACCCAUAGACUUUGUAUUCACCAUGUUAUAUAUUUACUACACAUGAAAAUCCCUGAACUUGUCAAAGAAUGAAUCUCAUCAUCAUCUUUUUUUGCUCUUUCUAAUCUAAUCUUGUUUUCACUUUUCUUUUUGUUGUAACAUUGUAAUUCAACAGUCUCUUGUAUCCAUCAUUUAAUUGUAUCUUUUAUCAUCAUCAUCACAUGUAGUCCACACCCAAGGAAGAUGAAGACAAGAAGGAGGAGGAGACAAAAAGUUAUUCUCACCCAAACAUUUGAAUUGCUCGGAACAUUUCAUUCAUUAAUCUAAUCAAUGGCUAAGAUGAUUUUUUUUUGGAAACAAUUGAAUGAACAAGAUGAUUUUCAAUGUUAAAUCAAUUUGAUUAUAAUAAGUGAACCGAAACGAUAAUGAUGAUUAUAUGAUAAACUAUUGUGAUGUAAAAGUUUCACUGAAUUAAGAUGAGAGAGAGGACCGGAAGGGAGGAGUAUUUAUUGUGAUUAAUAUUUAAUCAUCAAAUUUUGUUAAUCAUGAUGAUUUAAUGUCUCUCUCUCUCUCUCCUUUUAAUUCAUUUAAUUUGUCAUUGAAUUUACUCUCUCUUAUUAUCAAGUUAAAGGGAAACAAUUUGAUCUUUUUUUUUAAUUCUUCUCUUAAUUGUAUCUCAUUACCAUGAUUGUAAAGGUCAGUUCAAUUACGAUUAACUAACUAAAUUUUAAACUUGUUAACCAAUUAAAAUAAUCAACAAAUUAUAUGUUGAUUACUUUAAGUGGAUAAACUUGUCCUAAUCAAAAA